AUGCCAGUUUGCCCUUACAAGAAAUGCGGCCGCGUUCUACGGAACGAGUCUGGGUACACUCAGCACAUCAGGUCAGCCCACCAGGGCAUUAUUCGCCAGCGCCGACACCACCAGCCAGCACCAUACUCCAUCCAACCUCUCCCUCCUUCCCCUCCACUGCCUUCGCCACAUUCGUUUUCUCCUCCACCUCCGCCCUCUUCACCAUCACGCCGGUCUUCUCAAGCAUCGCCUCAGCCCUCACCGCCUCAGUCUCCUCAGGGACCGUCUAUAUUUCUGACGUCCCCUACAGCACGAAAAUGUUCUCCCAACGCAGAAUUUCUUCCAUCCGAUGCUCCCCCGUCGCCACCUUCUCAGCGCCCGCCAACAGACUACUUCCCAUUCGACAAUCAACUUCAGUUCGAAACUGCCGACCUCCUUUACCGGGAAUCGCAGAUGUCUGCGGGACACAUCGACAUGCUCUGCAAAAUUUGGCGUGCGUCAAUGCCCCCCGGCUUCAACGCUCCCUUCCUCGACCACGCGAAAAUGUAUAGUGCCAUCGACGCCAUUGAAGAUGGUCAUAUUCCCUGGCAAUCAUUCAACAUUACCUAUCAAGGCCCUCGACCAGCCGGCUAUGUCCCCCCAUGGAUGAAGGCUAAAUACGACGUCUGGUUUCGUGACCCACGAGAAGUCCUCAAGAAUAUGAUAGCGCGGCCAGACCUGCAAGAACAUAUCGACCUCACACCCUUCCGCGACUACGAUGAAUCGGGCACCCGUCAUUACGAGAAUCUUUUCUCGGGCGAUUGGGCUUGGGACCAAGCUGACCAAAUUGCUCAAGACCCGGACACUCACGGUGCGACUUUCGUACCGUUUGUCCUAGGUAGCGAUAAGACCACCGUGUCUGUCGCUACCGGACAUACAGAGUACUACCCUCUCUACAUCUCACUUGGCAAUGUACACAACAACACGCGACGCGCUCAUCAAGAUGCCGUCGCUCUCGUCGGGUUUCUGUCCGUCCCAAAAACGAACAAGUCAUACAAUGCCGACCCCCACUUUCGCCACUUUUGCCGCCAGCUGUACCACUGCUCGCUCGCAACCAUCUUCGACGUCUUCAAGUCCGGCAUGACACGAUACGAGGUGGUUCAAUUUGGCGACGGCUAUCACCGAUGGGUGAUAUGGGGAAUUGGGCCCUAUAUAGCAGACUACCCCGAGCAGGUGCUGCUCGCCGGCGUCGUUCAAGGCUGGUGCCCCCGCUGUCUUGCAUUUCCCGAAGAUCUUGAUGACGCCGACGCCCUGCUGCGCUGCGAGGAACACGAUGACGCAUUGGUCGAAGAUUUUCAUCCAGCUUUGUUAUGGGAUUCAUACGGAGUUAUUGCAAACGUCGUCCCAUUUACCAGCGACUUUCCCCGUGCCGACAUCCACGAACUUCUCGCGCCCGACAUCCUCCACCAACUCAUCAAGGGGACAUUUAAGGACCACCUCGUCGAGUGGGUGGGGAAGUACCUCAUCCAGGUGCACGGCAAGACGGAGGCAAAGAAAAUUAUGGACGAUAUUGAUCGUCGGAUCUCGGUUGCGGCUCCCUUUGCCGGUCUUCGUCGAUUCCCCGAAGGCCAUGACUUCAAGCAAUGGACGGGAGAUGAUUCCAAGGCGUUGAUGAAGGUUUAUCUCCCCGCGCUUGAGGGUCAUCUCCCCGACGACAUCAUACGGACUUUUCGCGCUUUUUUGGAGUUUUGCUAUCUCGUCCGCCGCAAUGCGCUCACGGACAAGGAUCUCGUUGACAUCCAGGGCGCUCUCGACCGUUUCCAUCACUAUCGAAGCUUUUUCACGGACUACGGGGUCGCGGCAACGGUAUCAUUGCCACGUCAACACUCCAUGCAACACUACCUCUAUUUAGUCCGACAAUUUGGCGCCCCGAACGGCCUUUGUUCCUCCAUCACGGAGUCAAAGCACAUUCAGGCGGUGAAAGAACCCUGGCGCUGGUCCAGUCGCUUCAACGCGCUCGGACAAAUGCUUGUCACAAACCAGCGGCUGGAUAAACUCAAGGCGUGCCGACGCAGCUUCGCGGAGCGGGGGAUGAUCUUGCCUCUCACAGACGAAGAACCACGUUCACGAUCUAUCGAUGAGAACCCAGAGGAUUCAGAAGCUGUUGAUGGAGCAGAUCUAUCUGCAGAGGUGACACUUCCAACGCGACCCAGCCCCGAACGUCCCAAGAACGUUGGUGACCUUGCGGAUGAGUUAAGGAUCCCAAACCUUGAACGACUCGCGCACCGGUUUCUCUUUGGCCAGCUCCAUCCCCGAGAUCCCCGUGUGCUGCUGCGCUCCGUUCCCAUCAGGGACUGCCCGACUUUUCCCGAUCGCAUCAAAGUCUUCAACUCCGCGCGCGCCGUCUUCAAAGCCCCGAGUGACAUCUUUGGAUUGUCGGGCAUGAGGAGCGAGCGCAUCCGCUCUUGCCCUCUAUGGAGAGGCGAGGCACCUCGUUACGACUGCGCCUUCCUCAUGACCAACUCCGGCAUCAAGGGGACGCUAGCGAUGGACAUUGCUCGCGUCCUCGCAUUCUUCUCGUUUCGGUACCGAGGGACAGUUUACCCUUGUGCCAUCGUCCACUGGUUCGAAUAUUCUGAGGAGGAGCGGGACGAAAACACGGGCAUGUACGUCGUGAAGCCCAUGUCCAACCGCGACGGCUCCCCUCGAGUGGACAUCGUCCACAUCGACAGCUUCGUACGCGCGGCUCAUCUCCUCCCUCAGUUUGGUACAACUGAAGUCUCGGAGGACCUAAAGUGCUUUCACUCGUAUGACCAUUUCAAAAGCUUCUAUCUCAACAAGUUUGUUGAUCAUCACGCUUUCGAGAUUGCUUAA